AUGGGGAAUUGUGUUUCUAGUUAGGAUGAUAUCAGAAAUGCAAACAAAGUUUCACCUGUUUCAUUGUAAGAAUGUUUUAAAAAUAAAAAAAGAACAAUAAAACAUUUCACUUGGAAUCGCGAUUCUCUCAUGGUUUAUUCGAUUAUGAAAACAAAAAUGUUAUAAAAGGUCAAAUCAAAACAAAUACAUAAUUAAGUAAUCUAACAACUUAAUCUAGUGAGAUUAAUUCGUUAAAAAGAAAAUAUAAAAAUUAUCUAAACAAAAGAAGAGUUAUAAUAAUUCUAAAAUCAACAAGACGUCAUGGAAUUACUUAAAUUGACACGCCAAUUUUCAAAAUAUUAAGUUGAAACUAGUUUGAAGAUCUCUAAGGCAGAAGAUCAAGAAGGAUUGAAUGACAACUGCCCAUGGAUAGUUGUAAAAUCAACCAAAAGUAAAUUAUCCGAUGGUUAAGGAUAUGAUUUAAAGGAGGGAGAUUAUGUGAAAUUGGGGAGAGUUAGAUUUCGAAUUAGAGAAAUCAAAUGUUCUGUUGAUAAUAACAGUGCGAAUAAAGGGAGUAUAGAACCAGAAUUAUAAAAAUAUGUUUCAGAGAAAUGUUUAAAUACAAUGAACAUUAAUACUUAAGAAGAUGAUAAAAGAAGUCAAACAGAAGAGCCUUGUUGCAGAAUAUGCUAUAAUGAUUCCUAAACAAAUAAAGACAAUCCAUUGAUUGAUUGUUGCAAAUGUUAAGGAUCUGUUAAAUACAUACAUAUAUAAUGUCUAUAAACAUGGUUAGUUAGUAAGUUAUCCCCUAAAACAACGAAGUUUUCGGUUUCAUUUCAAUGGAGAUAAUUUGAUUGCGAAGUAUGUAAGGCCAUUAUUCCUAGUAGAAUAAGAUAUCAGGACAGAAUCUUUGAGACCAUAAUUAUACCCAAGCCUGAUGCUCCAUACAUUACUUUGGAAAUCUUGAGUAGAGAACGUAACAAGAGUAAAGGAACUCACAUAAUCAGUUUUGCAUAGAAACAACAAAUAAAACUAGGAAGAGGUCAUGAUUCAGAUGUAAGGAUAACAGAUAUUUCUGUAUCUAGAUGUCAUGCUUUAAUUAAAUUUAUAAAUUCUGGUUUUGUGAUUGAAGAUUAGUAAUCAAAGUUUGGAACUUUAGUUCUAUUAAAAUCACCUGCUUUGAUGUCAGUUGAUAUGAAUAAUAACAUGGCUAUUUAAGUUGGUAGAAGUGUCGUUAGUUUUUAAGUUUCAAAGGAUUGGAAUAUAAUCUCAUCAAUAAAUAGGGGAGGCGUAUCUGAGGACUAAAUGUUACAAGAUGAUACAGAUUUAAUAGGAAAUGCAGUUGGUGAUGAAGAUUAAGCAUAGAUUGAACAAGAAUUACAAAACUUUGAAGAACAUACACCAUGA